GGUUCUUCCUGAGUUGAGCUGUUUGCUCUCUGCUCUCUCCACUUCUCUAAAAUAUGGACUAAAAACCUUUCUCUUUAACAACAUUUGAGCCAUUUUGGAGCUUUCAGCUUUCAGUAUCUGCAUGUUUCUGCAGCUGCACAGCACUCCGGAGAGAAAAGCUCACAGAAAAGUUGCUUUCUGCCUGCAGAUGAGUGACCAGGACAGCAGCACGUCGGCCUCUGUAACGGAGGGAGAAGUUGAGGAAGAGCAGGAUGAAGAGCAGGAUGAAGAGCUGGACACAGAGAUGGACGGUGAAGGAGAGAAAGAUCAGAGACAGCGGGACAGUCCCGUCCCCAGCCUGUCCAGCUUCUCCUCGUCUCUGCGCGCCGUCAUUCGCAUCAAACAAAAGUACCAGGCCAUGAAGAAGAGGAAGCAGGAGCUGGCUCUGGGCCUGGCGGGAGGAGCCGGGACCUUCACGGGGGCCCCGUGCAGAACCAGCCCCAAGAUCUUCACCUUCGACGGACUCACCCCCUCCUGCCUGUCGUCCUCCGUCCCCCAGAGGAAGAAGAAGAAGAGGAGGAGGGUCGUGUUGUUCCCCGACAGAAGGAGGUGUCGGGCCCCUCCCAAGCAGGAGCAGAGCCGAGCCAAAUACUGCCUCUACCUGCUCUUUGCCAUCGUCUUCAUACAGGUGUACAACGCCAUCGAGAACCUAGACGACCACGUGCUGAGGUACGACCUGGAGGGUCUGGAGAAGUCUCUGAGGAGGGAGGUGUUUGGGCAGCAGGGGGCGGUGGAGAACCUGCUGUCCCACCUGAAGGACUACCUGUCCACCUACGUCCACAACAAGCCCCUGGUGGUGUCCAUGCACGGCCCCAGCGGCGUGGGCAAGAGUCACCUGGGGCGCCUGCUGGCCGGGCACUUCCGCUCCGUGGUCGGCGAGACGCUGGUGAUGCAGUACUACGUCCUCCACCACUGCCCCCAGGAGGCCGACGCCCUGCGGUGCGCCCACGACCUCGCCGCGAUCAUCUCGGGGAUGGUGGAGCGGGCGGAGGAGGAGGAGAAGAUCCCGCUCUUCAUCUUUGACGAGGCGGAGCACAUGCACGGCGAGAUCCUGGACGUGCUGCUGCAGCUGGUAGCCUCCAAGCAGUCCAACGAGUACCUGAACGCCAUCUACCUGUUCCUGAGCAACCUGGGCCACGAACACAUCACCAAACACACGCUGCACAACGCCUCCAGUACUUCCAUGGCGUCCGGGCGCCAUAAUAACCUCAUAAAAGAGCUGACGCCCAUAUUACACAGUUCUCUGGAGAAGCUGCACCCACUGUGGACGGAGGCGGAUAUCUUACCGCUCAGCCUUCUGGAGAAAAGUCACGUGAUGGAGUGCUUCCUGGACGAAAUGACUCGGGAAGGGUUCUACCCGGAUCAUAGCAACAUAGAGCGCCUGGCGGGGGAGAUCGAGUAUUACCCCGAGGUGGGCGGCCACGAAUACUCCAAGACCGGCUGCAAGCAGGUGGUGGCUAAAGUCAACCUGCUGUGAAAUCCUCUGCAGGAAAUGUUUCACAUUCUUUGAAGCAUGAAGAAAUAAUCUGUCUGAAGAGAGUGAGGUUAUGAGGUUAUUAUGAAACUUGAAUGACAAAACUCAGAGCCGCUGUUUUCAAGAGAAGUUUGGUCAGAGUGAAAAAAGAAGAAGGAUGCUAAAGAUGUUCGGCUCUGUUGACGCAAAUAAAUCCUGUGAAGAGGUUUGAAAAUGUGCAGUCACGCAAUUAAUCCUCAAAGAGCCAGUACACACAGAUGAUAAAGAUAAAAAAGAAGAAGAAGAAGAAGAAAAAAUAAUGAAAUAUGGUGUCCAGCUGUGCAGAUAGUUUAGGUUUUCAAAUAUAUGCCUUCAUCAAAUAAGUGUCAUUUUUUCAAUUAAAGGAUUUAGACUGUGACAGUUUUUAUAGGAACGAUUUCUGCAAAAGAAAAUCAUACAAAUACAAAUAAAACCUGCUGACUGUGAGGUUUAUCAACUUUAGUUGCUCAGUUGCUCCACUGCUUUGUUCCAGACUGAAAUAUCUUUGCAACAACUGGAUGGAUUGGCAUGAAAUUUGAUACAAAUAUUCAUGCUCCCAGAGGAUAAGGCCUCAUGCUUUGCUGAUAUUCUUCUGGUGGAAAUUCAAGGUUGAUGUUUGUGGUUUUGAGCGUGAUAUCUCAGCAACAAUUUGAUGUAUUGCCAUUGUCACAGCAUUUGGUUCAGUUAUUCAUGUUCUCCUCAGGAUGGAUUGUAAGAACUUGGGAGAUCCUUUAAGUGACAGUUUGGAUAUUUUGAUGUUUGCUUGUAUGAGGUAUUACCUGCAGUAGAUGUCAGAGUACUGACUCAGAAGCUGAGGAAAUGGGGCAGCAGAUAAAUGUAUAUUUAAACAGCUACAAAUUGUGAGUUGUUGUUCUUUUUUAACUGUGAUGAGGUCGAUUCAGUCUGUCAGCUUUGACCUGCAGGUUCCAGCCUGAGAUGAAAGAGUUGAGGGGAUGUUUAGUCAUUUUCAUUAACCAUUAAGUGCAGAUUUCCAUGCAUUGAUGACAGUACAGUUAUAUUAUUUAGUUUUAUGAAGUUUAUUUAUUAACACGCCCAAAUAAAUGAACUUAACAUCAACAGUUUUGCUCUAGAAUUAUUUUUAAUGAACCUGAUGAGAUUUGAAGAGUCAUACAUGUUAAUGUCCUGUAGUCAGUUAACCUACAAUCCAAGUAUUUGUAAUAUUAACUCUAAUGUGUAGUGAGUGCCUUGAAAUUAAUGACACCAUUUAAACAGAGUUGUGAGGCUUUUUCUUGAAUUCUUAACCCUCUAUGGUACAGUGAAAAUACCCAUUUUGGCCUGUCAAAUUUCUACAAUGCAUGUUUUUGAGUGAUGUGAUAAUUUAAAAAAGAGGGAAGAGUAUGGGGAACCAAUAGCAAUGCUUUAAUUUGUCACAUGACCUCCAGGAGGCCAUAUUGAAACCCUAUUUUGCAGACUUUUCCAAAGGAAACAGCUUUGCCAUUUUGCGCCACAAAAAAAUCACUCAAAACAUAAUUUCCUGGCCCUUUUCCAUCUGGAAAAAAAAAUUCCUACUGAUAUGUGAGUAAACCUUCAUUUUUGAUAGUUUCAUACACUUAGACUGUUCAAGACAGUCAUUUCAAUUUCUCAGACAAGAAACCAGUUAAAAAGGUUCCUUUUAUGAUGUUUUUAAAUUUAAAAUGUUUUGUAUUGUACCCUGUUGAAUCUUUUACACGUGUUUAUUAAACAAAGUAUGUUAAAAUCAAUUUUAAAAACUUUCUUUUUCACUUUUUUCUUUUACACAAACCCCAAUAACUUCCAAAAAAAAUAAUUAUACAUUUUCUUCAGAUUAUCAUUAUUUGGUGUAUUUUAAGACAAAAAGACACUCCAAACAUUUUUUCCCAACUGGCAUCAUAAUGCGUACCAUAGAGGGUUAAAUGAAUAGUUUGAUAUUUUUGGAUAUAUGAUUAUUUGCUAUCUAUUAGAGUGAUGGCUAUGUUCUGUUUGCAUCAAUACUGGAAACAAGUGAACAUUAAGUAAAAUUCUAGAGUUAAUUUGUGA